UAGGCAUCGAGAGGAAUUUGGGAUGAUGGUGGGCGUGUUGUUGGAGGAGGAGAAGGUCAAAGAUGGACGACGGAGCGAAGGCGAAUGGAAACAAGUUGAACACUGGACAAAAUGCAUGGGGGUUCUCCCGCCGGACACAUUGAUCCUUUAACUCGUGCUGGUCCUGGUCCGUGACGCAAUUAUACGAGCACGCGAUCAAUGCGUUUGAAUGCAUGUUCUGAGCUGUGCAAAAUAGUCCCUCCCGCCCAAGUAGGCUGGAGCGUGCUAACAUAUCCAUCAUUUUGCUUUAUUUUAUUUUGUUCUUCCAAACGCAUUCCAUAUCAACAUGCUUGCAUUACAUGUAGUAGCUCUUCUGGUCUCUGUCGUACUCAGCAGCUAUGGUCUUGCGCUACCGGCUCGCCAGAUUAAUCCCAUCCAGCAUGUUUUGCUUUCCGCGCCCAAGACUUCAACUGAUUUGCUUCUGUGUGGUCUUUCCCUCGCACCGGAAGGUCAUGGCUCCCCAACAAAGCCGGGGGAUGGAGAUGACAAGAAAACGAUUUACCAAGUGAUUCGUGAAGAUGAAGCAUUCUCUAAACUAGCCGAAAUCAUUGAGGAGAGGAAGGAAAUUGCCAAAGGAUUAGAUAGCCCGGACGCUGACGUGACGUUAUUUGCGCCCGUUAACUCGGCAUUCAAACAUGUCCCAGGAUGUCCAGAUGACAAAAAGCCUCCAGAGGAAGUUGUCACAAAGGUUCUUUUAUAUCAUAUUGUAGAUAAGGCUCACAAGACCGAAGACCUUGAGAAUGGUCAGCUGCUGGACACGCGGCUUAAGCUAGAGUCGCUGGGUGACCGACCACAAAAGAUCAGAGUCUUUGAGCACAAAAAUCACAUUGCUUUGAAUUUGCGCUCGCAUAUCGUCGCUGCGGACAUUAAGGCGUCGAACGGCGUCAUUCAAGGUGUUGACCACAUCAUCGUUCCUCCUCCCAAUGUCUUCUAUGUCUUGGGACAUUUUCCGCUCGAAUUUGGCAUAUUUGAAGUGGCUAUAGGAAAAGCGGGACUGAAGGAUGUUGUGAAGGAAACUGCAGCAAUUACGGUUUUUGCACCAUCGAAUCGUGCGUUCAAGAAGCUCGGCUUCAAACGACUUAGAUACCUGUUCAGUCCUGAUGGCGUCGAAGACUUACGCCGGAUUGUCUCCUACCAUAUUUCUCCCCAGCUGGUUUACACACCUGACAUUUGGAAAGCGAAAGAACUUGAGCUUCCGACCAUUGAAGGUGCCAAACUCAAGAUUACUGCCAAAGAAAAGGACGACAAGCACGAUCAUAAGCAUCCAGUGAUUGAAAUCAAUGAGGAAGCCCACGUCUUCAUCAACGACGGGAUUGCUAUGAAUGGUGUAAUUCAUGCCAUUGAUGCAGUUCUUUCACCUGUGCAGGAAGUUCCCAAACAGUAUUACGCUUCAGGCUCAUACACAAGCGAACGGAAUGACAUGGAGAAGAUCUUGCAGAUGAUUAUUGACAUGGAUAUCUAAGUAGCGGAGAGGUAGUCGGAUCUGGUAGCAUGCCGAUAGAUACCCAUAUUUGUCUACCUGUGGCUCAUUAUGCGGGGCAUGACUCUGCAAAUUAUAGCUUGCGAUCAUCAACUCAUCGGCGAGUGCCCAGUCAAACAUUCUGAUUCUUGUCCUGACCUGAACUACCAAUUAUUAUUGUUCGGUUCAAAGCUCCAUACUGCUCCACUUGUAAUUGUCAACGUAUAUUUAUUACUUUGAAUCUUACUUCAUCUUGAAUAUCG